UACUUUCUUGGAGCUCUAACACAGGCUACGGAAGUAACCGAGGGACAGGGACCUCAGCACCUUUCUAAUUCUCCGAGCACGAGCUAACGCAGAAAUGCAGGUUCACUCCUGCUCGACUCUUCUCAUCAAUACCUUUCAGCACGAGUCACUGAAGAGUUGUUUUUAUCUCGCGUGAAAUUUGAUCGAGCAUCUUUUUUUUUUUUUAAAUGACUGAACCUAAAAAUGGACCAGGAUGAGUUCGAGGACAUAGAUUCACAGGGGCAGUGGCAAAAUCUCUAUAAUGAAAUCCGUAACCAGUCUCAAGAAUGUUCCUACAAAGUGGCAAAAUUCCCAGAAAACCGAAACAGGAACAGAUACAGAGACGUCAGCCCAUACGAUCACAGUCGGGUGAGAUUAGAAAAUUUAGAAAAUGACUACAUAAAUGCAAGCUUGAUAACCAUGGAAGAAGCCCAGAGAAACUACAUACUGACCCAGGGACCCUUAACUAAUACUCGUGGUCACUUUUGGUUAAUGAUCUGGGAGCAGCGGUCCAAAGCUGUUAUCAUGCUCAACAGAGUCAUAGAGAAAGGCUCAGAGAAGUGCGCUCAGUACUGGCCCUCAGGUGAAGAGAAACAAAUGUAUUUCAGUGAUGAGGGGUUUGUGGUGACUUUAGUGUCUGAAGAUGUUGAAUCCUAUUACACAACAAGAGUGCUCGAGCUUGAAAACAUCAAAACAGGAGAGAGGAGAGAUAUCUACCACUUUCAUUUCACCACUUGGCCUGACUUUGGUGUGCCCGAGUCCCCUGCAUCUUUCCUCAACUUUUUGUUAAAUGUUCGGGAGUCUGGCUCAUUGGAGCCUGAGAACGGGCCAGCUGUGGUCCACUGCAGUGCCGGGAUUGGCCGUUCAGGGACAUUCUGCUUGGUUGACACCUGCUUGGUCCUGAUGGAUAAGAGGAAAGAUGCUUCAACUGUAGAUGUACAGAAAGUCCUGUUGGACAUGAGGGAAUAUCGCAUGGGCCUCAUUCAAACCCCAAACCAGCUUCGCUUCUCUUACAUGGCCAUAAUGGAGGGAGCCAAGUACAUCCUGGGGGACACUGUUCUGAAGCAUAAAUGGCAAAAGAUGUCUAACGAGGACAUGGAGCCACAGGCUGAUCUAGAGCUACUGCUGCAGGACACUGCAAGACAGCCAGAUGAACUGACCGGACUGAUUUCAACGCUAGGAGGAGAAAAAGAUCAAAUAGUGUCAGUAACGGAAGAGCAGCAAGCAGCUUUAAAACCAGAGAGCUUGCGAAAGCGACAUCGUGAGGAGCGGAUAGCCAGCACAGCACAGAAGGUCCAGCAGAUGAAGCAGAAGCUCUGUGAAGCAGAAAAGAAGAAAGAGAGUUGGCUGUACUGGAGGCCCAUUCUCUAUAAUGUAGGAGCUGGAGCAGCUCUGGCACUGGGACUGUUCAUGUGCUGGGCUUUUCUCUCCCAGUGACACCUAUAUAAUCAUAUAAACUUUUUACACUCAGACUUUUUGGUUCACUGUGAGAUCCUGGACAGUGUGUUCUCUGAUAUUAAUAAUAAAAGGCUGAUUUUUA